UUGGACUUCGAAUGGGGUCGUGGUGGUAUGGCUUCCCAAGCGCAGCGGGAGAUUCUUGCGCGCUGGAACCUAGUCGCCGAUUUUCUGCAGGACUCUGAGUUUGGCCCUGAAGGCAUCGAUGAACCUCUUAGCUUGGAGCCGCUAUACGACAUUCUUUGCACCCUGACUCUACUGGCCAGCUCUCAGGUUGUUCAGCCGACAGGCAGGCUGGCUGACAUGGUGGAGACUCAUCGGGUUCGUGUCUGCAAACACUUAGAGACCCUACGUGAAGCAUAUGCGCAUUUGUCCAGCCAGCCCAUAUCAAAUGACAAACAGCGUAUUGGUUGUUGGUGA